UAUUCUGAAAUAAGAGUUAACUACCGUCUCCUUUUCAAUGUUCUUAUGCUCUCAUCUUUCAAAUAGCUAACUACAUCUAUAUUAAAAGCCUUGUUCCCGACAACAUAAUGGUUGAGAGAUAUAUGCGCGAACAUUGCAAUAUAAGACAAGAUGUAGAUAUCAAACACAAGAUCCGAAAUAGAUGAUAGGUACUUCGUACAUACUUACCCAGGUAUGUAUUUGAUCCUAGUCGGGUCAGCCCUAAUGUUGUCGUCCACCGAACCAAGUGAACCCCGCCCGGUAAGGUACAUGAAGCUGAGGCUCGUAGCCUUGAUGCAUUUAGGCUUCUAAUACCUCACAAGCCUUCGUCUCUGCUUCGUCUCUUGCCAACAUGACUUCAGCCCCUGUCGUCCUGACUGGGAUAUUUUGCCAACUCUGUCGCGAAUUCAUCAGCAACCUUUUCGCUUUUGACUUUUCGGUCCAAGACACGUAUCCAUCACAGUGGCUACCCAAAGAAUCGAAGAAAAAUCCAGAUGCAACUUGGGGGGAUGCUUUCCGACAUCAUGAGACCUUCAGUGACCUCGAAGCCAGCGCUAAAAUAUGCGAGCUCUGCAAUGUUCUCUACAUAGACCUCGCCCCUAUGGACCCGUCCUUCUGUCAAGGCUGGCUGGGGUUGUAUCCGUUUUGGUUUGGAGGCCGCUCGGGGGGGAACAAAUUAAAAGGCCACUUUCGAGCUGGAUUCAGUGAUUCUUUGACCAAAAUGCCCUGGGGCGGUCAUACGAUUGGGAGUGUUCCUCUGCAUAGCUUCAAAGUCUGUAGGCGUGGGUCUUUGAAGAAUGGCGAGGAUGUGCCUUAUGCAAAUGCCUAUAGGAGAGUUUCUGCGAUACCGGUAACUCUACAGUUGUCGCACAUCUCCCACAUGGCAACCAUAUGGCAACGAAAAUGCUCCGAAGUGCAUAAAGACUGUGCUAAAUAUACAAUAGAUAGUGAGUUACCCACGCGGGUGAUCGAUCUUGGCGAUACCAAAGAGGCUCCAAUCCGUCUAUAUGAAUCAAAGGGUGAAAAGGCAGCGUAUACUGCUCUAAGCCAUUGUUGGGGCGGUCCGAUCCCAUCUAUUUUGAUGACAGCGAACAAGACAGCGAGAACAAGAGCAAUGGACUCGGACGCACUCCCACAGAACUUCAAGGAUGCAAUUCAGGUCACCCGGGCCCUGCAGAUACGAUACCUAUGGAUAGACGCACUCUGCAUUAUCCAGGACUCCAAGGACGACUGGUUUCGAGAAGCCGGCAAGAUGCGAUUUGUUUACGCCGGUGCAACCGUCGUGAUAUCUGCCCUCGACGCUCCCGCCAGCACAACCGGGUUCCUGAAUCCUAAUCGCAUCCCAUCUGCUACAUUAAACGAUGAGUACGCAGUGCAGAAGGUGUUUCCGGAGAUGAACUACUACCUUGAAAAAUGCCCCCUCGUAAGCCGUGGUUGGUGCAUGCAGGAGAGGUUUCUGGCGAACCCGAUACUGCAUUUUGGGAAGGAGCAAAUGUUCUGGGAAUGCCGAUCCGAUUUCAUGUGCGAGGACGGGAGUAAGUACGUGGGCGAUUCAAGUGGCCACGUCAUGGCUUUGUUUUUGAACAUUCGGAAGCGCAUUGGCGUAUCCGCGGCUAAGGGGGCUAAGCUUCAGUGGAAGGACUGGUACCAGCUACUACAAGAAUAUACAACCCGUAAUUUUACCGUCUCCACAGAUAAACUGCCUGCCAUGGCCGGAGCCGCGGCUUUAUUCAAGUCUACCACGACCACAGAGUCUUCCGGAACGUACGUUGCCGGCUUGUGGAAGGAGGACAUUGCGCGAGGACUCUUGUGGUGCGCCCACUACUACCACGCGCCCGGCCGAAGAGUCUGGGGGAUCAGCCAAACCGAUGAAAUCUCGCUACUUGCCGCACCACCGCAGAAACGGGCACCAAGCUGGAGUUGGGCUGCCCUCGAUGGCCAACUAGACUUUUGGGCUCUUCGCACAAGCCAGUUCGUAGUCGAGGUCGUAAACGUCAGCAUGAGCGUCGGCGAAAAUGAAUUCACGGAAGCUUGCCCCAUUGGGACUGUCACGCUGCGGGGCCUCUUCGCGCGAAUGUUCUACCAUCCGCCUCCUGAUUCUCCUGGUCUCGAUGUCGGGAACUUGACAUUUGGGGAAGCAGAUUCUAUCAACGAUAAAACUGUCACGCUAUCCGGCUGCGUAAUGGACUUGGAUCGUCGAUCGUCGCGAUUUUGUUCGGUUAUACUGAUCGCACAAGCGAAUAAGAGCUGGUACUUUCUCGUACUGGACAAAAAUCGCGAUGGAUCAUAUCGACGAGUUGGGAUGUGCACGGCGCAUUCCGUUCAGGUUGACUCCGCAAAAUUCGAGACGCUUGAGGUAGCAAUCGCUUAAACUCCUCCAGAUGUAUGCGAUAAGAACUACGUGCAAUGAGCUACGCCCAAGCCCGCGGAAAGGUGAACGUAACGCACACCACUCCUA